CGAGAUGGAUCUGUCGUAGUGGACUGCCUUUAGAUGACAUUAUUCAGCAAUUCAGGUCCUCAUGAGAUUCGGAAAGUCCAUGGGAUCUAUGGGUCCAAUCAGAAGUCGCAGGCGGAUUAAUGAUCGUUGCACCAUACCCUUCUACCAUGAGGGCGACCCAGACAGUUCACAAAUAAGGAAGCACAAGAGCUGCACUUGCUGCUUACUUUGUGUUAUGCAAGCGACAUUGACAAAGAAUAUAAGUUAAGUAUCCUGACGUUGGCACCUAAGAAAGACACCUCGCUGGACUAUUCACAGCAUCAACCACUCUUGACUAGAACCGACUCCAACUAAUCCUGAACCCCUUUGCAUUCCACUAAUGGUGCCCCAAACACAGAAAGCACUCCUCGUCACGGAGCUUGGCAAGCCAUUGAUCUUGGUCACCGACCAUCCAGUCCCCCAACCUGGCCCCGGCCAAGUACUAAUCCGGGUAACUGUGGCUGGUCCAAACCCUCACGACCACAAGGCCCGUGACACUGGUCUCUUCAUAAAAGACUCACUCCCCGCCAUCUUGACGAACGAUGUCGUCGGCGAGGUCGUCGCCCUCGGCUCCGGCGUCACCAAGUACUCGCCCGGCGAUCACAUCGUCGGCCAGCCUGGCUUCGCUCCAGGCAGCACGCAGAAUGGGUUCCAAGAAUACGCAGUUCUCGACGUUAACUUCACGGCCAAGAUCCCAGAAGGUUUCACCGAUGACGACGGCGCCACUCUCCCAACGAACAUCAUCGCGCCGCUGGUCGCACUCUUCGAUUCCUCGGGCCUGGAUAUUCCAGCGCCAUGGACAGCCGAGGCCAAGACGUUCGAUCACAAGAACACCACACUCCUUGUCCUCGGAGGAGACAGCAACUGCGGCAGAUUCGGCGUGCAACUCGCCGCACUAGCUGGCAUUGGACGGAUCGUCGUAGUUGGUGGCGACGAAGCCGAGUUGAAAUCAUACGGCGCCACAGAUACCAUCGAUCGCCACGGUUCUCCCGAAGAAGUCUCCGCUCGUAUCCGUGAGAUUGUCGGCGACGACCUGCUGUAUACGUACGAUGCGAUCAAUCCACCUGCCACACAAUUCAUCGGUAUCAAUGCAUUGUCGUCGACCAAGAGGGGCAGAUUCGCACGGCUUUUGCCAUUUCCACUGGGCGAGGCAGAGGCGCAGAUCAAACCCAAGAAGGAAGGCUAUGUGCUGUGCAAUCCCUUUGGAAGUUCACAUGUGAAUCCUGAAUUGUGCAAGCCAUUCUGGGAGCGGGUGCCGGAUAUCUUGUUGAAAAGAAGAUCAAGCCGACUAAGUAUACGGUUGUCAAGGGGUUGGAUGUGGACAAGGUGAAUGAAGUUCUUGAUGCGUAUCGUGAUGGGAAGAAGGUUGUCAAGACGCAUUUUCAUGUCAGGGAGUAGCUUAGUGAGUCAUUUAAGACGAAUGUCAAGCAGUCGUUUCAUCUUUGAAAGACGCCGAGAGCUUGGACUCGGUCUUGAUCGACGUUGUGCAC